AUGUUUUUUGUUUUUGUUUUGUUUUCUUCUAAAAAGCGAACGUAUCGUCGUUUCUCUUUUUAACUCAUUCCUCUUGGAUCCAAAUCUUUCGCUUUGGAAUUCGCCAUAGACAAAGGAGUCAAUUCCAAAGAAAGAAGACGAAGCAAAAAUUACAAUUUUUAUAACAAAAUUCUUACUUCUCCCCCCAAAUUUAUAAAAAUUUAAUCUUUUUUGUUUUUGCUAAGAUUCAAAAGUUUGAAUUUAUUUUUAACUUGUUUUUGAUUUCGAUGAUGAGAUACAACAAUUGAGAGGUUUUGAUAUUUUCGUGUGAUGUGAGAAGAGUAGAGAUUCGUAAAUGGGUCUCUGUACUUCGAAGCCGAAUUCACCUAACUCCGAUCAAACUCCGGCGAGGAAUAGUCCACUUCCGGCGUCUGAAUCCGUCAAGCCUUCGAGCUCGUCCGUUAAUGGAGGCAACCCUGUUGAAGAUCAGAGUGUAGUACCGAGCAAUGAAGGCAAAAAGUCUCCGUUUUUCCCCUUCUACAGUCCGAGUCCAGCUCACUCUUUCUUCUCCAAGAAGACUCCGGCGAGAUCUCCGGCGACUAACGCUAGUAGUGGUAACUCUACGCCGAAGCGGUUCUUCAAACGGCCGUUUCCUCCUCCUUCUCCGGCUAAACACAUCAGAGCUGUUUUAGCGAGACGUCAUGGCUCUGUGAAGCCUAAUUCGUCGGCGAUCCCUGAAGGGAGUGAAGCUGAAGGAGGUGGUGGUGUUGGAUUGGAUAAAAGCUUUGGUUUUUCCAAGAGCUUUGCGAGUAAGUAUGAGCUUGGUGAUGAAGUUGGUCGUGGUCAUUUUGGUUAUACUUGUGCUGCUAAGUUUAAGAAGGGUGAUAAUAAAGGUCAACAAGUCGCUGUUAAGGUUAUUCCCAAAGCUAAGAUGACGACGGCUAUUGCAAUUGAAGAUGUGAGGAGGGAAGUGAAGAUAUUGAGGGCUUUGUCUGGUCAUAACAACCUUCCUCAUUUCUAUGAUGCAUAUGAGGAUCAUGAUAAUGUUUAUAUAGUGAUGGAGCUAUGUGAAGGAGGAGAGCUUUUGGAUAGAAUACUUUCAAGAGGUGGGAAGUACACAGAGGAGGAUGCAAAGACUGUUAUGAUACAAAUAUUGAAUGUGGUUGCCUUUUGCCAUCUCCAAGGUGUUGUACACAGAGAUCUCAAACCUGAGAAUUUUCUUUUUACCUCAAAAGAAGACACCUCUCAACUGAAGGCAAUAGAUUUCGGUUUGUCAGAUUACGUGAGACCAGAUGAGAGGCUCAAUGACAUUGUUGGCAGUGCAUACUAUGUAGCACCUGAAGUUCUACAUAGAUCUUACAGUACAGAAGCUGAUAUUUGGAGUGUUGGUGUGAUUGUGUAUAUUCUUUUGUGUGGAAGCCGACCGUUUUGGGCUAGGACUGAAUCAGGAAUCUUUCGAGCUGUUCUAAAAGCAGAUCCGAGUUUUGACGACCCUCCUUGGCCUUUGUUAUCUUCAGAGGCAAGAGAUUUUGUAAAGCGGUUGCUAAACAAAGACCCUCGUAGAAGAUUAACAGCUGCUCAAGCCUUAAGUCAUCCAUGGAUAAAAGACUCAAAUGACGCAAAGGUUCCAUUGGAUAUUCUGGUUUUUAAACUUAUGAGAGCUUAUUUACGAUCAUCAUCUCUCCGUAAAGCUGCAUUAAGGGCCUUAUCGAAAACACUUACGGUUGAUGAACUGUUCUAUCUGAGGGAGCAGUUUGCUUUGUUAGAACCUAGUAAGAACGGAACCAUAAGUCUAGAAAACAUCAAAUCCGCUCUGAUGAAAAUGGCAACAGAUGCAAUGAAGGAUUCACGUAUUCCAGAAUUCUUAGCACAACUGAGUGCUCUUCAAUAUAGAAGAAUGGACUUUGAGGAAUUUUGUGCAGCUGCAUUGAGUGUUCACCAGCUAGAAGCUCUUGAUAGAUGGGAACAACACGCUCGUUGUGCUUAUGAGCUUUUUGAAAAGGAAGGAAACCGACCCAUCAUGAUCGAUGAACUCGCUUCGGAACUUGGUCUUGGUCCUUCUGUACCGGUUCACGCAGUGCUUCACGAUUGGCUUAGGCAUACUGAUGGAAAGCUUAGCUUUCUCGGAUUUGUGAAAUUGCUACAUGGUGUGUCUAGCCGUACGAUCAAAGCUCAUUAGAAUGGUUUUGAAACUUCAAUGAUAUGUAUGAAAUUUGUCUGAGAUCACUUUCUCCUAGGAGCUUUUCUUAGAGAGUUAUAUAAUAUGUGGCUUUUGACUUUUGUUA